CGGCCAUCGCGCUGGGCAUCGCAGCCGCCGCUUCAAAGCACCACAAGAAGGGACACCCGGGCUGGUCAGACGCAGAUGAAGAUCAACUCAUCAGAGAUCAGUGGUCAAGCGUCGUCGGAUGCUUGCUGGGUAAUCGUCUACACGCCCCAACUCAAAGAGAACUAUGAUCGCAAGUCAGGAGAUGGCCUCUCACUCGCCUUCGUCGUCAUCUGGCUCGCAGGCGACUUUCUCAACCUUAUCGGCGCAUGGAGGCAAGAGCUGCUAUGGACGAUGAUCAUCCUGGCGGGGUACUACACGCUCUGUGAUGUGGCAUUGAUCGCGCAGUACUACUACUACCGCAAACAUCACGACUUCUACCACCCGGCACUUCCUGCGCCUUCCUCUUCGUCGCACACCAACAACGAGCAGGCGACCGAGUCUACCCCUCUCAUCCCAGGCAAACCCGCCUCCUCCCCCACAUCAGCACCUCGCAGCCUCCGCAUGGAGAUCCUCCGCUACGUCUUCGCAGCGCUCGUCGUCCUCCUGACAGGCGUGGCAGCCUGGGCUGUCGAGCAGUACGGCAACGGCGGUCAGCCAGACUCUCGCCCCCCUUCCAAGCCCGAAGGCCCAGGAUGGCGUUGGGACGCUCAGGUGUACGGGUGGCUCUCUGCGGCCCUCUACCUCGCGUCUCGCGUGCCGCAGAUCUUCAAGAAUCGUCAGACCAAGUGCGAGGGCCUGUCACUCGCCUUAUUCCUCUUUGCAGUUGCUGGUAACGUGACGUACGUUGCGUCCAUCGUGAUCAAGUCGACCGAUGAGGAGUAUUUGACCGAGUCCGCUUCCUGGCUGGUGGGGUCGCUGGGCACCAUCGUCCUCGACUUUAUCGUGUUGGGACAAUUUGUGGCCUACCGCGAAGAGAGGCAGGCCAUCGCUGUGGCCGCAGAUACGGCUGAGCGUGCCGCGUAGAGAUAGACGAGCCAGAGGUCGCCCAAUAUUUGGGAUAUGCAAUCUACACCUUGUCAUGUA